AUGGAUACUCUAAAAGGGGACAGUGGAAAACCGUCUUCAUCGGCUGCAAGUGUUACUUCAUGUCGAAAGAAGAAGCAUGAAGAAGCCACUUUUUUGGAGGACUUGAAGGACCACAUUGACGAGUUUAUUCAUGCUUCUAUGGACGAACAUAAAACUUGCUUCAAGAAAACAGUUCAGAAGAUGUUUGGUAUGUCCAAGGCUGUUGCAGAGAGGAACACUGAUGCCGCCAAAGAAGUUGAGAGUUCUCUGCCUCUUCAGACAACUUUGCAAGAUUAG